AGACCCUAAUGCAUCAAUUGUGCGGGUUGGUAUAAAUUGUCGUAUUUUCGUUGAUAUUUAGCGUACGCAGGUGAGGCCCACAUGAAUCAAUUGUGCGUUUCAUUCGCUUUAUUGUUUGUUUACAUUGUUCUGGCCGUUAAAGUGCCGCUAGCUCGCAAAUCGCAUCGUGGCGAUAGUGACUUCGUCAUUUGUGAAAAUGAGCCGCUCAAAAACAUUGACAGAAGAAGACAUUCUUAACGCGUUACUAGAUUCCGAUUUGGAAGAUUUUAGUGGUGACGACGAAGUGCUGGACAAAAAUUACUUGCCAUGUGAAAGCACUGACAGCGAAAACUCCGAACCAGAUGAUGAACACCAAAAGCAAUUCUCGGAAAUCGGUAAAAAUGCAACUGACGAAGAAGGAAUCAGACCAACUUCUUCCCGUCGACUUAUAUGGAAACGGAAACCGUUUUCUCCCCGAGCAGAAGAAACAGCUAUCCCAACAGAAUGUGACGGUAUGGUUAAAACUCCACUACAGUAUUUUACGAGAUAUUUUGAUGACAACUUUUUUGAAAAUGCUGCUGGUUGUACAAAUAGGUACACUGUCUUAAAAACUGGAGAGAGUUUGCAUACUAGUUCUGGAGAAAUAAAAAAUUUCUUUGGAAUGCAUAUUGCAAUGGGAUGUGUGCGUUUUCCCAGAAUUCGUAUGUACUGGCAGCAAAAAUUUAGCAUUCCAAUNAGCUGGGGGCGGAUGCGCUUUUGA